AUGGUUAAAGAACUUGAAAUAUCAAACAAUGAAAGACAAUUUAUACUAAAAGCUAUAAUAGAAGGUUAUCGAAUUGACAAUCGAAAGAAAUCUGACUUUAGAAAAUUAAACAUAUCAUUUGGUCAAGAAUUUGGUAAAAGCGAGGUCACAUUAGGAUCUACUAGAGUACUGGCAAAAGUCUCAUGUCAAGUAACACGACCAUACCAGGAUCGACCUAGUGAAGGUAUAUUGAUUUUAAAUAGUGAAUUAUCACAAAUGGCUUUUCCUAAUUUUGAAAUUGGAAGACCUGAGGAAGUUCUUGUGAAUCGUAUAUUGGAAAAGGCUAUAAAAAGAAGUAGAGCUAUUGAUACUGAAGGGUUGUGUAUUUUAGCUGGAGAGAAAGCAAUUGAUAUACAUUUUAUUGAUAAUGAUGGAAAUAUAAUUGAUGCAGCAUGUAUUGCUGCAAUAUCAGCACUUUCACACUUUCGAAGACCUGAUGUUACUGUUAUUGGACAAGAUGUUACAAUAGUGAAUCCUACACUUCAAGAAGAACAAACCAAAUCAGGUGAUAUGACUAUUACAUUAAAUGAUCAUAAAGAAAUCUUUGCACUGUCAAAAGCAGGUGGUGUAGCAUUGGAAAUAGAAACAAUUAAAUAUUGCACAAAGAUUGCAACUACAAAAGUAAAUUGGCUUGCAGAACAAAUUAAAUUAGCAUUGGAAAAAGACAAUGAAAAAAGAUGA